GUCCGUGAUGAUGGAUUCUUCCUGUUGUUGCCUUUCUGCUCCGCGAGCAUCCGGGGGGGUGAAGGACGUGAAGCGAACCGCCACCGGGUUCCUGGCGAUAGCAACAGAGGUGGAGAAUGACGGAGAGAAAGCCUCCGAAACUCCAGAAAAAAACAAGGACUUACUGAAGGAGUUCCAAGACAUUCUUCCCGACGACCUCCCGGACGAACUACCGCCAUACCGAACGCACCAACACGAGAUCGUGGAGGAACCAGGUUCGAAACCAACCUUCCGAGCACCAUAUCGGCUAAGCCCCACAGAACUAGCCGACAUGAAGAAGCAGAUUGAGUAUCUCCUCGCCAAAGGACUCAUCCGACCAUCCACUUUGCCAUACGGUGCCCCAGUACUCUUCACACCAAAACCGGACGGAAGCCUACGCAUGUGCAUCUACUACCGAGCUCUCAACAAGCAGACCAUCAAGAACAAAUAUCCGAUACCACGAAUCCAUGACCUGCUUGACCAGCUUCGGGGAGCUACGGUAUUUUCAAAACUAGAUCUACGGUCCGGAUACUGGCAGAUAAGAAUGGCGGACGAUUCCGUUCACAAAAUUGCCUUCCGAACUCGGUACGGAUCGUACGAGUAUUUGGUCAUGCCGUUCGGACUCACCAACGCAUCUGCAACUUUCCAAGCAGAGAAGAAACAUAUCCUACGCCCACUCUUGGACGAAUGCGUGGUGGUGUACCUGGACGACAUCCUCAUCUACUCGCGCGACAUGCAAGAACACGUCGAGCGCCAACGACGCGUCUUUGAAAUUCUUCGACGAGAAUGCUUCUACGUCAAACUAUCCAAGAGUGACUUCGCCCUCGAGAAGGUCCAAUUCCUCGGACAUAUCGUAAGCGCUCAAGGAGUUCACGUCGACCCCAAGAAAAUCGAAGCCCUGCGUACGUGGAAGACACCCGAGAACGUGAAGGAGUUACAGCAGUUCCUUGGCUUUGCCAACUACUACAGCAGUUCCUUGGCUUUGCAAUACGCGAAGAUCGCCGCGCCACUCACAAAUCUGCUAAAGAAGAACACGCCCUAUAAAUGGGAGCUACAAUACCAGGAAGCCGUGGAACAGCUGAAACAAGCACUCACGUCCGCACCCGUACUCAUCUUGCCAGACCCCGAACGCGACUACGUCAUCGAAGCUGACGCCAGCGACCAGACAGUGGGAGCAGUCUUGAUGCAAGACCAGGGGAAUGGCCUGCAACCAAUUGCCUACCUCAGCAAAAAAUUACAUGGAGCAGAACUCAACUACCCGAUACACGACAAGGAGGCCCUUGCUAUCAUCAUCGCCUUCAAACAUGGAGAUCGACAUCUGCUACAGUGGGACAGCGACAUCGCGUACCGGAAAGGAUCAACGAAGAUCUGGGUACCUAAUUACCCUCCAUUGCGCCAGUUACUACUCGAAGAAUACCACGACGUCCUGUACGCGGGACACUUUGGUAGCAACAAGACGCUCACCGGUAUCGCCAAACACUACUACUGGCCCCACAUGGCAGAUAACAUACAGAAUUUCGUCACCUCGUGCACUACAUGUCAGCGGAUGAAGAGCAGCAAGCAGAAAAAGGCGGGUCUGCUACAACCUCUUCCUAUCCCAGAACAGCCAUGGCAAGUGGUCAGCCUGGACUUCAUCACCAGGCUACCAACUACCACAAGCGGUUAUGACGCGAUCCUCGUCGUCAUUGACAAGUUCUCCAAAAUGGGGCACUUCAUCCCGACACACACCACAGCACGCACCGAGGAGACAGCACAACUCUUUGUUCACUACAUCAUCUCCCAACAUGGCAUUCCAACCACACUCAUCUCCGACCGAGACCCUAAGUUCACCAGUAAAUUCUGGAAAGAACUGAUGUCUCUACUCGGGACCAAACUCGCCAUGUCAUCCGCCUACCAUCCGCAGACAGAUGGACAGACCGAGCGCCUCAACCAAAUUGUGGAGAAACUCCUCUGCGCAGCCUGCAAGGACAACAUCUCCAAAUGGAACUUGCAUCUGCCCAUCCUGGAGUUUGCCUACAACAAUGCUACUCACGCCGCUACUGGACAGACGCCGUUCUUCCUCUGUUACGGACGCCACCCACUCACACCUCAACAGCCAACCAUACCAGCCACAUGUUUCUUCUCCUUCAUGUCGACAUAUGAGCAGCAACAACCAUCAGCACCUGCGCAAUCAGUCAACAGCAACAACAACGACAACAACAACAACAACAACAACAACAACAAAACAACAACAACAACAACAACAACAACAACAACAACAACAACAACAACAACAACAACAAACAACAACAACAACAACAACAACAACAACAACAACAACAACAACAACAACAACAACAACAACAACAACAACAACAACAACAACAACAACAACAACGUCAGAGGCAUCGACAUUGGAGUGGCUCCUAUGAGCCUGGAUGGCUCGUCCUUUGCGCACGGGAAUCAGCAACCCAUCUAUGCACCUUAUCAAGCUUUAUGGGCAUCCUUCACCUUGUGAAAUCCCAUUUCGGGAUUAAGUAGGC